GGAGAAGAAAUUGUAAUUUGUUUCAACAUUUUCUGUCAUAAGUAUUUCGCGUCUAAAGGUGUUUUGCUCGUACCGUUCCAUGACAGCAAACGUGCAUUGUUCUGAAACUUUAAUAGAACGGUUCUAAGUGUCGAGAGAAAGUAAGUUAUGUUUCUUUUGAUGGGAUACAACAAAGGAGUCCUGAAUAGUUUGUUCGCAAGACGAUUUAUCAUAUUUGGGACUUGGAAAGUUGUUAUGAACUAAAGCCGAAUACAACGAUCUCUCCUUCCAAACGUCGCCGAUCUGCAAUUCGUCAGAACGCACUGUGAGAGAAAUCAGUAGCUUCAUACAGUUGCAUUGAAUGGAGCGGAGUGCAGGACACAGUGAAUGACAGACUGUCUUGGAGAGAGCGAUGAGUAACAUGCAGUCAUCUGCAAAGAACAUUUGUUUGAAGUGAGGCUUUCUAACACUGCGUAACAAUCGAUAAACUUCUACUCGACACUGCAGUCUACUUGAAAUGAACUACAAAUCACAACAGAUGAACAUCGCCAUUUGGACCAUUUGUGUGGUGGCGCAAAUUCGUUUUACGUCUGGCAGCUUCCGACAGAAUUUCCCAAACAUAAUAAACGGCAUAUCGGACAGUCAAUUAACCAUGCCGAAGCUGAUAACGACGCACAAUUAUCCUGAAGAGACUCACGAAGUACGAACCGCAGAUGGCUACAGACUCACAAUUCAUCGCAUCCCGUACAGUCCAGGACAAUUCGGAAGAGACGACAAACCAGUCGUACUCCUGAUUCACGGACUGCUUGGAAGUUCCGCGGACUGGGUCAUCGCUGGCCCACAAAAGGGGUUAGCAUUUGUCUUGUCUGAUGCUGGUUAUGAUGUGUGGCUCGGAAAUUCAAGAGGAAACACGUAUUCUAGAAGACACGAGUAUUUAACGACAAAUGAUAACGAUUUCUGGAACUUCAGCUGGCAUGAGAUGGGUGUAUACGAUCUACCUGCCAUCAUUGACCAUGUACUUGCUGCUUCUAAUCAACGUUCUUUGUACUAUGUGGGUCAUUCCAUGGGGUGCACCAUGUUUUUCGUACUUACAUCCAACCUUCCCCAUUACAACUCCAAGAUUCGCAUUAUGUUUGGCUUUGCACCCGCGGCAUUCAACUCGCACAUAAGAAAUAAUUUAUUCAGAAUAGCAACAUUCAGCAAAGUUGGCGUUGAAGCUGACAGACUGUAUAAUAGUAACUUCUUCUCUCGCAACUGGAUUCAAGACAGACUGUUCCAAAGAUUCUGUCAUAAGGAUGGUCCUAUGCAAAUAAUCUGUUCCAGCAUACUUUUCAUGCUUGGUGGAUACAACUCAACACAACUAAACACAACAUUAGUACCAAUGAUUAUGUCCAAUUUCCCCGCUGGAUCAUCAUUAAAAUCCUGGGUCCAUUACGGACAAGAAAUGAGAUCAGGGAGAUUUCGACAGUAUGACCAUGGUCGCGAAUUAAACUCGAAGUACUAUGGAACCACAGAACCUCCUGACUAUAACCUGACGGCCAUUACUGCAGCUGUAAGUCUACAUAUCAGUGACGGGGAUUCCCUGAUACCAUAUGAGGAUGUCACAAAACUGUACAGAGCUUUGCCGAAUGCAAUUGGUCUCUUUAAAGUUCCGCUGUCGACAUUCGGUCACUUCGAUUUCCUGUGGGGACUGGAUGCAAAGCAUUUGCUGUACGACUUAAUUAUCGGUCUGAUGGAGAAAUAUUGAUUUCUAAUUCAGAAUCAUGUGUUUAAUCACGUAUAAUUUGAAGUUUUCACGUCUGUGAAUCCGAAGAUGUCUUCCUCUAGGUUCGUCAUCAGGGCGAUGAAGGCUGUGGUCCUCAUCGCCCCGAUGAUAGAGGCAGCAAGGACAUCUGGAAAGUUGAUAUACUUGAACCCACAAGACAGCCAUCUUAAUAUUACAUGAUGAAAACCUUCGUACAAGGUGAAAUGUUGUUUGUUGUUUUCAGUAUUCCGGAAUGUUAAUAAAAUUUGGAAUAUCUCUGA